AUGGAACGAAAGUAUGCCAUCUGGGCGCUGUCUGAGCCUGAGCGGAUGGUGGUGGUGACACCGGCCAAGAUCGUCCACCUUGUCCUCAAGUCGGGCGUGCUGCGGACCGGGAGCAAGAUCAAGCCGCCGCAGGGCCUCACCCUGCGGCGAUCGCAUCUCGAGGCGGCCACACGGCGGCUAGUUGCCACCUCUGUCGAAACUCGCGAGGUCCUGGUCUACCGCCGCCGCGCCGCCGACCACUGGCACUCAUACGGCAUGGCCGGCCACUCGGCGCCGAUCACUGGCCUCAUGUCGUGCGACGGCGCGCUGCUCACCGCCUCUAACGGUGACUCGGCGGUCCGGCUCACCUCGAUGGCGACCGGCAAGGAAGUGCGGGCGUUUAGCUUUGGAGGGGCCAAGGUUCGUGCCCAUAUCAGCACUGAGCACGGUCUGAACGUUCUUGCCGACGCAACCCUCAUGCUCUACGACGUGCGCGCCCGCGAGGUCGCCGCCACGGCUGUCGGCCUCGACACCGCCCGACGCUUUGUCCGCUUUGGUGACACGAUCUUUGUCGGUGGAUCUGGUGCCAGCCAGCGGUUCGACGUCCGCAAGCUCAACACUCCUCUUGCCUCCAGCCCGCUGGCGCCUGUUCCCGCCGACGAGUACGGCACCGAUGUGGCUAACAUCAACCAGAUGCGGCUCUUCAAGGAUGUACUGGUCGUCCGCGACUCGCUCGGCCUGCUCCGGGUACUUGACGCGGCCUCUCUCACCGAGCUCUAUGCGGUCCGCACGCUGCAGUAUCACGACAAGGUCGACAUCCAGCACUUUGACAUCGACGCCCUCGGCCGCCUGCUGGUGGUCGACGGCACAGGCAUCGUCGCCCACUUGGCCUUUGACGAGAGCGUCCGGUCCGGCAGCACGUCGGCGCCCGCCGCCACCUGGCCGUCUGCCAGCGACUCGAGCUGCACCCAUCAGGCCUGGGCCAUUCCGACCUCGGGCCGCCCGGUCCAACAGGUCUUCCAGCGCCUCGUCACAACUAGCUAA